CUCGUAAGAACCCUGUAGCCAAAAUGCCACUUACCCACCCCUAUUUGGAUCUUCCAGUAAUCUCUGGUCAAAUACGGUAGUCGGAUUAUCCUAUUGUUCCGAUGCACUGCGACGUGGCUGCUACAUGAUCUGAUGCUAAUUGCUCCGACUCGAUAUCCCAACUACUCCUUGUAUUGUUUGAGCCGGUAUACUAAUUUGUACCUAGCACACUGUUUAAACACUACUCGCUUACCAAUUCUCUCCUCUGGAAUUGCCUACUCGCUAUUGCUGCCAACUGCCAAUCUACCCCCGAUACAGUACCGACCUAUUUUCUUUUUGUUUGUUGUUUUUGAGUUGAUUUAUCCUUCUUUGUUUUCUAGUUAUUUGGCUCGGUAACUACCAGAACUAGUUUAGCCUCACAUUAUUCCUUGUUUGAGUUUUGCUAAUGCGUAUCUGCUGCCAGCCUAUUUGCUUCACAAC